CAUGAGUAAAAUACCGGCCCCAAGUCUUAUCCAACGAAACCGAAAACAGAAAGAAACGGGGCUGGACCCUGUCGACGCGGCAACCUGAAACCCAACCCCACGCGACGGCCCCGUACAGAAUCGAAGCUCCCGAAAUUUAAUUAUUUAAUUUUUUGCCCAAAAAUGCAGGAAAAGUUUGCUAAGCUUUCCCUCGCAUUUCUCGCACAGCAUUUAAAUGGACACAUAAUUUUUCCAUUUAUAUGAUUUUCGGGUGUUAAUUUUUCGACUAUAUAAUUUGGUUUUUAAUUCUCCCAAAAACCCACUUUCUUGGACUCUGUCUUUAUCGCUUCCUUUCUCUCUCCAACUCUCUUGGAGCAAAAUGCAAAUAGCAGCAGAAGUAGUACUGGGGGUGUCACCAAUGGAGGGAGAGGAAAGCGUGUUCAUCGACCUGUACACGAAGGACCCUGCUGAAAGCACAGGAAGCGGCGGCGAGGGGAAGGGAGCUGCGGCGGGGAAGGCCAGCUCCGCCUUCAAAUUCGACCCCAGCUUUCUGAUUGACCCGAGCUGCAUCAAGAUUGGUUCUGUGCUCGGAGAAGGGCGUGGAGCUAUUGUUUAUGAGGGAUUGUGGGUCCCAUUAACACUUUUCUUCUCUGUAUCUGUUUGCUUUGUGUUAUUUUUAUCCUUGGGUUUUUUGCUUCUUGAUUUAGGUUGCUCACAUUGUUUGUAUGUUCUUGAAUUGUGGUGCUUUUUUCGGUGCUGGUUUGUUUGAGUUGGUGUUUGUGCUUUGCUUUGGUGUUUGAGUUGUGUUAGUCUUCAAAAUCGGGGGGUUUUUUUUCUUUCGUUAAACCCUUUUGAGGGUUUAUGAUGAUUUCUGGGUUUAUGGUGGCAAGUGUUGAUUUUUAUUUCACUGAACACUAUCUAUAUCAGGAUUUCUUUUUCCAUCCCUGGCAAAGGAUCAAACUUGAAAAAUUUCCGGCUUAGCGAAUGUGGGAAGAGCCCUUUCAAAAAAAAAACCUUCAUUUUUGCAGGUACCAAUCCAAGCCUGUUGCUGUAAAAAUUAUACGGCCACCCAAAACAAAAUAUGUUAGUCUUGAUCGUCAAGAAAAGUUUCAUCGGGAAGUGUCAAUGCUUUCGAAGGUGAAGCAUGACAAUAUUGUCAAGUUCGUAGGCGCAUGCUUUGAACCUUCGAUGAUAAUUCUUACUGAGCUUCUGAGAGGAGGUAACCUCCAGAAGUACCUAUGGGAAAGGCGCCCCGGAACACCUGAUCUCAAGUGUUCAAUAAGUUUUGCAAUGGAUGUCUGUCGAGCUAUGGAAUACUUGCAUGCAAAUGGCAUUAUCCACCGUGACCUGAAACCAGCCAACCUGCUUCUUACAGAAGACCUGAACAUGAUAAAGGUGGCCGACUUCGGCCACGCUAGAGAAGAAAUAUCCGGGGCCAUGACCUCGGAGGCGGGCACUUACAGAUGGAUGGCUCCUGAGCUAUUCAGCACAGAGCCAGUUCCAAAAGGAUCAAAGAAGGAAUACGAUCACAAGGCUGACGUGUACAGCUUCUCGAUAGUUCUAUGGGAACUGAUAAUAAACCAAACUCCUUUCUCCGGACGGACUAAUAUAAUAGUUGCAUAUGCAGCAGCGAACAAAAUACGGCCAGAGCUGGACUACAUUCCUCAAGAUCUCAUUCCGCUCCUGGAGUCCUGUUGGGCUGACGACCCAAAGAUCCGACCUGAGUUCAUGGAGAUCACAAGCCAUCUUUCCAACUACCACAAACAACUGUGUGCGGCUGAGUUGGAACCUCCAGCAGUCAAUGUGCCGGAAUCUGAACCUCAAGAGAGCAACGUGAAGGAAGAAGAGCCUCCCAGAGUCCACGCGAUUGACAAGUCCGAAAAGAAAAAGAAAGUUAAAAGGCGAAAGAAGUGCAGAUCAAGUUUCUUCUUCUUUUGCUGUCGACCUGUAGCGGUGCAGGAGUGAUCAGUUAUUUGCUAAAGUUUUGUAGGAUACACAGUAGAACCACAGGUACAGAGAUUAGGGUAGACACAGCCAGGGAUUCUGAGCUGAACUGUUGCUUGUAACUUGUGUUACAAGCAACUGUACAGAUACAUCGUGGUAGGAACCCCGUAGAAUAUUGUUAGAUGGAGAGUAGGAUACAAAGCUUUGAAAGAAACAAAAAGAAGUUUGUAGUUGUUUUAGCAGUUGGAUAUUUCUCCGAAGCUGGCUUGCUUCUCAAGCAAUAUCAGAUUUUGGUAAUGAAUUGUUAAUGUGAUCAGUCACAGUGACUCUUCUUUUCUGAUGGUUGAAUUGCUGGUUAUGAUGAAAUUAUUUCACUUUCUUGUCGGUGUCCAAA